CGCGCCGCUUUACGGCGGAGGCCGCGCUGAGACCGGAGCGGCCGUAAAGCGCCCCGCCUCCGGCACGGGCGCCGCGAGGCCGAGCUCCCUCUGCGGCCGGGCCUCCCGGCGACUCCCGCCAUGGCCGGCCUCGCGCCGCGGGUCGAAUACCUGGCGGGCUUCUGCUGCCCGCUAGGGGGCCUGGCUGCGGGCAAGCCCCGCGUGCUGUGCCACGGGGCGGAGAUCUUCCUGUCCACCGGGAGCGAACUGGUCUACGUCUACGACCGCGACGGGCGGCUGCUGACCGCUGUGUACAAGUUUCCCGGCCGGGUGUGGCACCUGGAGCUCCUGGCCCUUGGCAGGGCGCUCUACGUUCUGUGCGCCCGGAGCGGUAUCUACUGCUUGUCUUUGGACCAGGCCAGCAGGUCUGUGAGCCAGGAUGGCAGGAAUGACAGGGACAACCAGGACGGUGAGGCCGGCGAGCCCCCUGCCCCUGUGAUCCCUGUGGACCCAGGCGCCUGUGUCCUCCCUGAUGCCACGCUGUGUGCCUUCACCGUGCUGGACAACGUGCUCGUCGCCCUGGCGCAGGGCCCCGCCCAGUGGAAGUUGCAGCUGUUUGAGCGUCCCUGUCCGGGGCAGGACCCCCGGCCCGGAGGCCAGAUUGGUGAGGUGGAGUUGUCCACCUGCACCCCCCCAUCUGGGAGCCUGGGGGAGCCCGCAGCCCCCUGCUUCCUCCCGGUGCUGUGCUGUGCAUCACCGCCAGGCCCCGGGGUCCCUCACGGCCACGUGCAGGGCUCCGGGGGUGUCACGCUGGAGGAGGCCCUCUUUGGCUUACUCUUUGGAGCCGACGCCUCCCUCCUGGAGUCGCCGGUGAUCCUCUGUGGCCUCCCUGAUGGCCAGCUCUGCUGUGUGGUCCUGAAGACCCUGGUCACCUCCAGGUCAGCCCCUGGUGACCCGAAGGCGCUUGUCAAGAUCCUCCAUCACCUGGAGGAGCCCGUCAUCUUCAUCGGGGCCGUGAGGACAGAGCCACUGGCCGAGGCUACGGGGGACGCCCACUCUGACUGCCUGGUGGCACUCGGGCACCACGGCCGGACCCUGGCCAUCAAGGCCAGCUGGGACGAGGUGGGGCACCUGGUGCCAGAGCUGCGGGAGUACUGCCUCCCGGGGCCCCUGCUCUGUGCGGCCUGUGGCGAGGGCGGCCGCCUGUACCACAGCACCCCCUCGGACCUCUGUGUGGCGCACCUGGCUCAGGGAGUCCCCUUGGGACCCCAUGCAGCCCACCGGGCCCCAGGAGGCCUGCCCGCUCUGUUGUGUCCGGCCAGCCUGAGCGUCUGCAGCGUCGUCACCCUCUCGGUGUCAUCGAGAGCACCUGAAGGUAGCACCGAGCUCCUGGCCCUGUCUGCCAGAGGCCGGCUGAUGACCUGCCUCCUGGACCCACACUCUGAGGCGCCCUGCCCCACCCGAGUGACCGUGGCGAACGCCGGCCGAAAAAUCAAGGAGCUGCUGUCUGGAAUUGGCACCGUCUCUGAGAGAGUGUCCUCUCUGAAGAAGGCGGUUGACCAGCGGAAUGAGGCCCUGGCGUGCCUCAACGAAGCCAUGAACGUGAGCUGCGCCCUGCUGUCCAGCCGGGAGGGCCCCCGGCCCAUCUCCUGCUCCGUCACCCCCGCCUGGAGCCGCCUGCAGCUGCAGGACGUGCUGACGGCCACCUGCCUGCUGGAGAACAGCAGCAGCUUCAGCCUGGACCGGGGCUGGGCCCUGUGCGUCCAGGUGCUCAGCAGCGCCCGGGCCUUAGACCUGGACUCGGCCGGCUCAGCCGUCACCUACACCAUCCCCCUGGACCAGCUGGGCCCUGGCGGCCGGCGGGAGGUGACGCUGCCCCUGGGCCCCGGCGAGGACGGGUCGCUCGACCUGCCAGUGACCGUGUCCUGCGCGCUCUUCUACAGCCUCCGGGAGGUCUUGGGGGGGGCCCUGGCCCCCAGGGACCCUUUCGAGGAGCCCCCUUCCGAGGAGUGCCCCCCUGGUGUCCUGCCCGAGCAGGAGGGCGUGUGCCUGCCCCUGAGUGAGCACACGGUGGACAUGCUACAGGGCCUGCGCUUCCCCGGCCUGGCUGCGCCCCCCGUGCGGGCCCCGGGCCAGCUCGGCCCUGCCGGGGACCCCGUCCACACCUUCCUGCAAACUUGCCGCGGGCCUGGCGGCCAGCUGGCAGGCCCCGAGUCCCUGCGGGCCAAGUACCUGCCCCCAUCGGUGGCCACCAUCAGGGUGUCAGCAGAGCUGCUCAGGGCCGCCUUCGGGGACAGCCACGCAGGAGGGCCCCUGUGCUCAGCCACCCUGCAGUGGCUCCUCGCCGAGAACACCGCCGCCGACGUCGUGAGGGCACAGGCGCUGUCCUCUGUCCAGGGGGUGGCCCCCGAUGGCGCCGACAUCCGCCUCAUCAUCCGCGAGGUGUCCGUGACCGACCUGUGCCCAGCGGGGCCCCUCCAGGCCGUGGAGAUCCAGCUGGAGAGCUCCUCUCUGGCCAACAUGUGCAGGGCACACCACGCCGUUGUCGGGCGUCUGCAGAGGCUGGUCGUGCAGCAGGCCGCCCGGGGCUCCAGCCCUCCUGACCUCCGCCUGCAGUAUCUCCACCAGAUCCAGGCCAACCACGAGACGCUGCUGCGGGAGGUGCAGACCUUGCGUGACCGGCUGUGCACAGAGGACGAAGCAGGCUCCUGCGCCACCGCCCAGAGGCUCCUGCAGGUGUACAAGCAGCUGCGCAGCCCCAGCCUCCUGUUGCUGUGACUCCAGCUGCCCGGCCUCCACGCUCAGCCUCUGCGCCCAGAACAGUGGGGCUGGACCAGCAGCAUCCCACCCACUUGGAAGCCAGGCCCAGGCUGUGGGCUCCAGACCCCAGCGCAGGAGCGCCGUUGCCCUAGCGCCUGCAGAGGCCAUGGAGACGGGGCUUCUGGGUGGAGACUCGAGCGGGUGGGCUUUGGUGGGCCACGUUCCCGAGCCCAACGCUUCCCCUCUCGGCCGCACCGCCUGCUCACCCCCAGACCUCUCAUCCAGCACUGUCCACAGCUGCCUGGCUGCCCACCCUGGGUGCCUCAGCCCUGCUUCUCUGCAGCCGCUGGGGUCACCAGGUGAGAGGGCGCCCCUGUGACCAAAGCACAAAGAGGAGCGGGGACUCCUACAGGUGCCUUGUGGCCAAACACUCAACAACUAGGCGCCUCUGGCCAAGGCCAGCACUGUGCAUCAUUCCCAAGGGUCGCUCGGGGCAGGCAGCAGCCCUGGCGCGGCUCCGGUGCUUUGGGGAGGGUGGCUCUCCCCGACUUCCCAUGGUGCCCUCCUGCUGUGCUGCAGCCCGGCGAGACUUCUCGCCUCAAAGAACGCCCCUUUCUGUUGCACUGCC